AUGUCCCUCCCAGAGCCACCCACCGCCGCCACAAUCGCCUCUGCCCGUCAAGUCCUUCAUUCCACCCAGUCAGAGCUUUCUGCCCUCCAGAGCAGGCUUCAAGAUGCAGAGGCGAAGCUCGCGAAGUUCGUCGCUGAAUCGAAAUGUGCUAUAAACGAAAUGCAGCAAGAACAGUCUGCGCUCGAGGACAAGGUCGCACACACGCUGGCGUACGUCUCGCCCAUCAGGAGGCUUCCCCAGGAACUCCUCAGGCAGAUCUUCCUGAUUAAUUUCGAGGACUUCCCUUGCUGUGCAUGGAUACGUCUCAUCACUUCCCCCAACAUCUCCGCCGAUACGAUUCGUCUAUGGCUCGAACGUUCUGGUAGCCGAGUGCCGUUAGACAUUGAAAUAUUCUUGCAAGUACAAUCUGCAGGUUCAGCCGCAACGUCUUUACGCCCCCCACCCCGUUCCACAUCUCCAUGGCCCUACCCAACCCCGUCUCCUUCAGCCCCGCAAUACGUCCAAAUUCAUCAUGCAUCACAUCCGAGCGCCAUUCAGAUCAUACCCACAGCGACGCCCAUUGUACUUCCACCUUCCCCGCCCUCUCACGACCACAUGUGGGGUGCCGUCACGCCAGUGCCACCACAUCAGUCAGCUUCGAGUUCGUCAGCAACGCAGAGCCAGACGAGGGCGAUAUCGCAUUGGGGUCACAUCGCGAUCUUUUAUCUCGUUGAACAGAUUCACCGAUGGGAACGAUUCAUUUUCCGUUUCGACAAGCAGUUUUCGUCCUUCAUCGCGCUCAAGUCCAUAUCAGGCCAUGCCCCCUUGCUGAAGGAAUUCGAAGUCUCUUCCGCCGAACCUGUGUACUGUGGCGACUGGUCUUGGCUACCAAGCACAAGCCCCCAGACGCACGUCGACCUUCCAGAACUCCGUUCCCUCACACUCCAAUACACGCCUUUCAAAUGGUCCUCACCUAUAUUCAAAACCAACCUCCGUAAACUAAAUCUCCGCUCUCUUCCGACUACCAACAUCGCCCUCGACCGCAUCCUAUACAUGGUCUCAAACAACCGUGGUCUCGAGGAGCUCUCGCUUUCCUUCAGCAGUGUUAACCCCGCAAUCCUGCCGCUCACAAGUACGACGCUUCCAGAGCUGAAAUCGCUGACGCUAGGAGGACAUUAUCUCCUCGCGAAUCUCAUUGAUAUCGUCGUCCUUCCUUCACUCGCAUCACUCACGCUUGCCAUGGAAGCUCGUGAUCCCAUUGAGGACAAUAUCACAAGUCUACUCUCCCGUUCUAACCAUCCCCCCGUCACCGAGCUCUCCGUCGCGUACGCGUACAGCGGCUCGCCCUAUUACUACAACGGAGGCGGCCUCAUCAGCUCGUGGAACUUCCUCGCCGACAUGUCGUAUCUGCGCACACUGCAAUUAGGGAGCACGCCUCUGGACCCAAUACUCAGCGCACUGGGACCACCGGAUGAUGAUAAUGUGGCCGUGGGUGGAAAUGGGAGUUGGCUGUGUCCGUAUUUGGAACACCUGGCCUUCAAGGCUUGUCCGGCACAUGCGGAUGGGAUAUCUAAGUUGGUGCAGCUCGUGGACUUGAGGAACCCGGAGGGAGGUGCCGGACAUGGGAGUGGACCCGGUGGAGGUGGCGGAAGUAGUAAUAGUGGCAGUAGCAGUGCGUUGUCGAGAUUGAAAAAGUUGGAGAUGUAUGAUUGUACGAUGGUGGGGCAGGAUGUGGUUGACUGGUUGAAGGGAAGAAUACCGGAUGUCAUGUGCGUCGAGCCCACAUAUGAACGGUGCGGGUACUCCAUCGUCUAUCAGUGGCAUUGA